CGUUCGCAGCAUGGACGUCAACGAAUAAAGAUGACGAGAGUUACUUUUUCCGUAUCACCGAAAGUAUCACCUUACUUCAAAUAUUAAAACAAAUUGAUGACAAAUAUUCUUUGAGCAAUCCGUGUAAUUCAGCAUCUCCGAAUUUAUUUCCGAAGCUCGAAUCCCCGCUCGGGGAGGGCCUAUAGUGUCUUCAGCUGUACUAAAAAAUUGUUCUCAAUUUGCUCCCAAUUGCUCCGUACUUGUUGUUGGCUUUUUCGUUGUAAGUUUGCAUAAAAAAUGUGAAACUUCCUUCCACGGUAAAAUACGGUCUGCUCAUGUGUCAACUAAUAUAUGGUCAGUUUUGACGUCACGCGCCAACUUCAGAGCGGUGAGUUGUGGCAUCCCACAAGCUUUUCGUAGUGCUCCAUCUACACGCAGUUUUCAAGUGGGGAUGUUGAAGACUGUGUUUAGUCAAAACAGUGCCUUCAGCUACACGCUAUAUUCAAGGUUAACAAAUCUUCAGUCAACGGCACCAUGGAUCAUCAUCAGCCGGAAAUGAUGAUCACGGUCUUGAAUGCGUACGUCAACUGGUUAAAACUCCAAGGUGAGGACUAUGUUCAAAGAAAUUUGGAAAAAUUCAUGCUCAUCAGAAAAAAACAGCAAUAUCGUACUCUAAUAGCGCUUCCCCUUCGCCGUCGUCGACGCAAAUCAUUUGUAAGAUCUUGUUGGAUUGAAGCAGAACUUCAUGGAGGAGAACUUCGUCCCCAUAAUCAUGGAACAUUCUGGGAAACAUGUGUUUCUCAUUAUACUGAUUACCGAUUUGAAAAAAAAUUUCGGUUGUCACGAGCGUCAUUUGAAUACCUAUGUCAACAAUUGACUCCCUACCUUGCUUGUAAUAACACCAUAAUGAGACAAGCAAUUGUCGUUCCAAAAAGGAUUGCCGUGGCCUUGAUUGUACUUAAAGGAAAUAUUGACUUCCGGACAGUUGCUGAUCUGUACGGCAUUGGCAAAAGUACAUUUCCAAAAACAGGAAAAAAAAAGAUUGCUAUAUCCAAUGGCUUUCUAAGAAGAUGGCGAUUUCCCGAUUGCUUUGGAGCGAUGGAUGGCACCCAUAUAUCAAUCCUGGCUCCGUCAGAUUGCACAAAGGAUUACUAUAACUACAAAUUCUUCCACUCAAUUGUCGUAUUGGCUGUAGUAUGCUAUAAUUAUAAAUUCAUAAAAAUGGACCCUACAAAAACAGAGGAAGAGAUCUUUUUUCUCCUACCACUGCCGAAAGUUCCCCUUUUAUUCCCUCAAGCUGGUGGCUUGCUGAACCCCCACACCCUCUUCGACAAGCGUGUAGACGGAGCACUACCAAACACCACCAAUCGACCACCAAAUGAUUGAUAAAAUCGAAAUUGUAAAAUGUUCGAGUUGGUCGGCCAACUUUACGACUGCUAAUAAUAUUGUAGUAAUCAUCGAAUGAUUAUUAUUUUUGUUAUUGCUCGUGUUUAUAAUCAUAGUGUGAAUGUCCUUACUCUUAUCAUGACUGUGGGUUAUUUUCCCUUCUUAAACCAUCUCCGACAAAGUUUUUUUUCUCUAUAAAAAUAACUUACUGAUCAUUUUAUUAAGGGAUUUAUCAUAUAUAAACUACGUCUGAAUUAUUAUUUAAGAUUGCAAUGAUUAUUAGAUCAUUUGUCCGAUACUACUUAUAUUACAAUUAAGCUAUUGUAUUUGCUAGUUGAAUAAAUUUAUUUAUUUACUAGUAA